AUGGCAAAGGCAGAGUUUGGAACAGCAAAAUAUCAAUCUAAAAAGCUACGAGCGGCAGGAUUACAAAAAUUGAAGUUCUAUUGCCAAUUGUGUUCUAAACAGUGUCGAGAUUCCAAUGGGUUUAAAAACCAUCUAUCUUCACCGCUGCACAUAAAGAAGGUUUCCGAAAUACAUGAAUCUGGUGAUAGCUCCAAACUAAUAGAAACCUACUCUACAAAAUUCCAAGAUAAGUUUAUCAAGUUGCUCCGAAUCAACCAUGGAACUAAAUUUAUCAAUGCCAAUAAGUUCUACCAAGAAUAUAUCCGCGAGCGAGAUCAUAUCCAUAUGAAUUCCACCAGAUGGAGAAGUCUAACUUCAUUUAUAAAACACUUGGGUAAAAAUGGGAUUGUGAAAGUGCAAACUAAUGAUGAGAGUAAUGAAGAAGAGGAAGGGUUUAAUUUAGAAAUUAAAUUGAUCGACCGCACGCAGACAUUGAAUGCCUAUCAGAUCAAAAGUGGCGGCAACUCGUUGGAAGACAAUGAUGAAAUGAAUGAUGACAAACUAUUGCAAAGGCAGAUUAAAAGGGGCCAAGAAAUGGAGAAAGACAAAGAUGCAGAAAAGUCAAAAACUUUAGAACAGCUAGUCCCUACUUCUGCGCCAGUAAAGCUUACCCUCAAAAAGAAAAAGACUGCUACAACCAAAAAACUAGUAAAUGCUUUUGAUGAGAAUGAGAGCGAGUAA